AUGCUGGGCUCCCUAAUUCUCCUGUGGAUGAUCUUCAUCCUCCUCUUCUUUCUCUUCAGAAAUCAGAGGCCCAAAAACUUCCCCCCUGGACCUCCGCUCAUCCCGUUCUUCGGAAGCCUGCCUUAUCUGGACCUUGUCAAUCCUCUCAAUGACCUCAGGACGCUGUCGGAGCGCUAUGGGAAGAUCUACAGUAUCUACUUCGGGAGCCACAAAGCUGUGGUGCUGAAUGGGAUGCAGGCGAUCAAGGAAGGGCUGGUCACUCACUCAGCGGAAAAUUCUGGAAGACCUACAGGCUUUAUGAUAAACGAUAUAACAGAGGGGAAAGGCGUCAUCCUGAAUUACGGGCCAGUGUGGAAGAUGCACCGGCGAUUCGCCCUAAUGACUCUGCGGAACUUUGGCAUGGGAAAACAUUCUAUGGAGGCCAGGAUUCUGAGAGAGACUUCCUACCUCACCUCAUAUCUGGAAAAGAAUGCUGGCAAAAUAGACCCCCAGAUCCUUUUCCAGAAAGCCACAUCCAACAUCAUUUGCUCCAUCCUGUAUGGGACUAGAUACGACUACGAGGACAAGUUUCUAGAGCUAAUCGUCUGCUGCAUCACUCGGAACAACAAGAUCUUCAACAGUUGUUGGGCCAUGAUCUAUGAUUCAUUACCCCUGCUGAGGUUCCUGCCCCUGCCCUGCCUGAAGGCCUAUGAGAACUACAAAAUCCUAAAAGAAGCUACAGCAGCCCAGGUGUCCCAACACAAGAAGUCCUGGGUGCAGGGAAAGCCCCGGGACAUUGUUGACUGCUACCUUGAUGAAAUUGAAAAGAGGAAAGACGAUGGCUUCUCCUUCAAUGAAAGCCAGCAGUUAAUUUUUCUGCUGGACCUCCACAUGGCUGGAACAGACACCACUGCCAGCACACUCCUCACAACCUUUCUGUACCUCAUGACUCACCCAGAUGUUCAGGAGAGGUGUCAGAAGGAGAUCGACGAGGUGCUUGGGGAGAAGGAGCAGACCUCUUUCGAGGAUAGACUCAUGAUGCCCUACACACAGGCCAUGAUCCACGAGGCUCAGCGAGUCGCCAAUACCUUGCCGCUCAGCAUCUUCCACGCCGCCACUGAAGACACGCGGCUGAUGGGCUACGAUAUCCCCAAGGGCACCCUCAUUAUCCCCAACCUCACCUCUGUGCUGAGUGAGGAAACCCAGUGGAAGUUUCCCCACGACUUCAACCCCUCUAACUUCCUAAACGAUGAGGGAGAAUUUGUGAAGCCAGAGGCCUUCAUCCCCUUCUCUGCAGGGCCUCGGUUGUGUCCUGGAGAGGGUCUCGCACGCAUGGAGCUCUUCCUGAUUCUGGUGACGCUGCUACGCCGCUUCGAGUUCAUCUGGCCUAAGGACGCCGGGGUACCUGACUACACCCUCACUUUUGGAGCUACCCAGACACCCAAACCCUUCAGAAUGGAUGUCAGACUGAGGGCAAACUAGUGAAAUGGAACAAUGUAAUGUUUCUGAACAAAUCAUUUGGAUAGCUACUAUAAACAGCAAAUUUCUAAUUAGGACUGACAGCAUGUUGUAGUGAUUAUGGAACUAAUUUGCUCUGAUUCAAAUAAUAGUGUACACAAUGAGCAGAACAGAAGUGUAUGAAAGGCUUUUCCAAAGCUUAUGAAAGGGGCCCCCCAUGGUUAAAUGUUAGGUCUGAUUCCACAUACUAUUAUAUUAUAUUUCAACAUAAAUGCCUGCUUCAUAUGCCAAUAAUAUCUUUAAUGUCUACUACUGAUAUUCACUGUUGCUCAACAAUCAUACAUUUCUAUGCCAUUAUGGCCACACUUGCCACUAUUAUGACUGCUGCUGCAUGCUAAUGAAUCUUUUGUUUUGGUUUUUACUUAUUUGGUAAUUUAUCCUUUGUUUUCUUCGUUUCUGUGUUACGUUUGCACUAAUAAAAUGAAAACAAUAUAUU